AUGGCAUCACUCUUCAGUGCCGAUAAUGCUCCUCAGCUGGGCGUCGCCCUCCUCCGCGUGUCGCCCCUCGUCAUCUCGUCCGCGUCCCUCAUGUUCAGCUGGGCGCAAGACAUCUCGCUCGGCGCCUUCCUGCAUCCUUCGCUGCGGACAGAUCCCACCCACCCGAGCGGCAAGAUCCUACCGCGGUUCCUGCCGGCAUUCAUGAAACCGGGGAUUUGGGGCAUUGGAUUGACAUACCCACCGGCCACCGUGCUCUGCCUAGUGAACGGGUUCAGCGGCCAAAGCUCGGAGAUCCGUCAUCUCUACUUCGCCGGUGCAUUCUUCAGCAUCGCUCAUUUCUGCUGGGGGCCGUCCAUGUUUGCCAUUCUGCGCCGCAUUCAGGACCCUACCACUGCGGGGGUCCCCAACGAGAGCGCGCUCGAGACGUGGUUGCCCCGCCAUCACAGCCGGACGCUCUUGGUGAAUGUGCCAGCGUUCCUGUGCAUUUUCGCAGCGACAGUGGCGACCAUCGCGGAGGGGUUGAAGUAA